UGGGUGGGGGGUUGUACGUGACUGUAGUGCUAUUCCAACGGUCGAAUUUGCUCUACUUUCUAUAAAAAAAAAAUACACUGAAUUUUUUUAUCAAAAUCCUUCAUCAUCUUCAACUUUAUUUUCUUCAAUAUCUUGUAAAACCAUAACCAGAAAUACCAAAACAAAAAAGAUGGUGAAAUAUGAAGAGAUACGCCAACAAAGAUUGGAAGAAAACAAGAAAAGAAUGGAAGAACUUAAUCUUCCUUUGCUUACUCAAGCUCUCAAAAAUUCUACUUCCCCCAAGCCUUCUCCUAUGAAGAAGACGAAGCCUCGGAUUAUGGGGACAGAGCUUGUUGCUGUACGAAGAUCACCUCGUGUUGCUAAAAGCCCUGCCCCUGAAUACAAAGAAGUGAUUUAUUAUGAAAGGGUGAUGAUACCAAGAAGGUUGGCGACUCCAACGAAGAGGGAUAGGUUGAAUUUUGCAUAUGCAACGGACGAAGAAAGGGCUGCUUCGAUAGAGAAAGCAGAGAAACUUGAAGCAAGUCUUGGUUCAGACUAUCCUGCAUUAGUUAGAACUAUGCUUCCUUCCCAUGUUUCUGGAGGUUUUUGGCUGGGUCUCCCAUCUAAUUUCUGUAGGAAGAAUCUCCCAAGAAGAGAUGACACUAUCACCUUAAUAGAUGAAAUGGGAGAAGAGUUUCCAACGGUAUACUUAGCUCAAAAAAAUGGACUUAGUGGUGGAUGGAAGAGGUUUGCUGUGGAUCAUGACUUGGCCGAUGGAGAUUGCAUCGUGUUCCAUUUGAUUCGACCUACCAAAUUUAAGGUGUAUAUCAUAAGAGUAGGCAAUGCCAGUGAGCGUGAAAGCACUGAAACAACCUCAAGCAGUGAAGCCUUUUAGAAAUCCAGGAGAACAGAAUGUUGCUGCGCCGCGCUUUGGUUGUUUCUCUGUCUAAUAUUUUGUCGGAUAAGUUUUAAUUAGAUCUACAAACAGCAGCACCAACAAGAAUGUGGUUGAUCUACAUUUUAGUUUAGUUUGUCAGUACAGUAGAGUACAUAAAAUUUUGAUGUAGCAAGCUGAAAUUUUCCUCCAAAAAUGCUAAGUUUAAGCUAAGUUAUUAUGUUUUUCUCUUUUAAUUCUUCGAUUAAUUCGAGCCACUUGCUUCAGCUAAAACUCUGUAAUGGCAACAUUAAAAAUCAAAUUAAAUAAUUUAACCUUAUAUGG